AUGUCUUUGGUGCAUAAGGGCGGCGAACCUGUUGAGCAGGAGGCGGUGACAGAAGACCAGGAAGCGAACAUUCCUUUUGAGGAAUGUACCUGCCCUGCAUGCCAACAGAAAUUUGGCUCACAAGACAAGGACGCGCCGCCAGGUUCUGUUCUUUUGGUGACCGCUUCGAAAUGCGCCAGUGACAACUGCCGCGUCCUGUGUCUACGAUGCUUCUACAUCAAGCGGGGAUCGUUUGCCAAGUUGACCUUGAUGGAAUUCCUCACCAUGCUUUACACAGAGGGAGAGUGGAUGAGCGUGGAUGAUUUUUUCCAAGAGAAGGCUCCAGCGGACGUUAAAAAACGCGUGAAAACCUUGGCUGCCAAGAAGAACUGGCUGGUGAAAGAAGCUCAGCCUGCAGACGUGGUGGACAAGGCCAUGUCGGAAGAGCCCGAGGAGGCUGUGGACCCCAUUGAGGAGAUGCCCAGUGAAGCCGAAUCUGAUGCAUCCUCCGGCAGUGGUUUCUUUGGGGUCAAACACGCGAAGCCUGUCAAGGAGAAGCAGCCUGAUGCCAGGACAGCACCAUCGAGAGGUCCUGUGAAGCCUGAGGCAGAAGAAAAAAAACAUGAGAAAUUGUUGGCGAAGGCCAAGUCGACCCUUAGCACAUUGGAGGCAUUGUCUCCAAUGGCCAUUUGGCAGGGCACUGUGAAGGAAAAGGACAUUGGAAGCCGAUUGGAAAAGGCCGGCCAGGUCAUCACCAGCCUUGAGAAGGAUGGCCGUGAUGAUGCCAAGUCUCUCAUUGCUGAUUUGCAGACGUCCAUGAUGGCUGCCGAGACCCAUGUGCAGCUCCUUUGCACAGAUAUGGCCUAUGACUCUCUGGACGAGUUGGACAAGAUUUUGCCACAUGUUGUCGACAAGGUGGCCAAAUUGCCAUCAGACUGCUUGAAUGCCAUCAUGAGUGAUAUUGGCAAAAAAGUGAUCCAGGACUGUGACUUGGCUCAGGGGUCCGUGGCAGAUACCUUUUUCUUCGACUUCAUCAGUUCGGAUGAUGCGGAUGUGAAUGCCAAGGAUAAGGGGCUUUCAUUGCGGGCUUUGCUCUGUCGGCGCGAUUCUUGUUCUAUGAGUCUGGUGGACUUGCUGAAGCUUCAGUGCUCACUUGGCAACGCAUGGAUGGACAAGAUUAAGUCAUUGCAGCCACAAGACGUGGACAAGUUUCUGCGUUCAAUUCCUGGCAAGCUGUGGAAUCCAGAGCUUGCGAGGAAAUGUGCAGAACAUCCCACUAGCGAUGCCCUUCACGAAGACUACAAAGUGCUGAGUCCCAGGGUCGUCAUUGACCUUCACAAGUUCCUGAGCUGUGCCAAAGUUUUGGAUGAGAAGGAACCAUUGGGCAUUGAGCUGGUCAGGAGCCUGAAGACCAUUGAGAAUGCUCUUGCAGAGUGCGACACAAUGGUUUCAGAUUUGACAGUGCUGGGUGAGCUGCUCCAGCAGUUUGCGAAGGACAAGAACACUCCGGCCCUGGAGCAGGCAGAAACUCAGAUCCAGAAAUGCCAGCGAGCAUUGGACCUGGUGAGCAUUUGCAAGACUUCGACGCAUGAACUUGCUCCUGGGAAGGUUGAGUCUUUGACGCGAGCAGUGACACUACUUCAAGAGACAGUCAAUGGCACGUUGCGUGCAUCUGACAAGUUCAGGUCCUUCGUGGAAUCACUUUGGGCUGCGGCUGACGACCUCACAGUGCCUGAUGCUACAGUGGCAUUCAGCAGUGGGGACCAGGAGGUUGAGAUGAAUGUGAGAUGCUUUUUGGGAUUCCUGACUGUUGAAGGCGACAACAGCUUUCUGCAGGAAACAGCGCAGGCCCUCUAUGACUACAUUCUUGCUUGUCCCAAUGCCGAGUCUUUGGCUUUGCGUGCGUGCUGUGACUUUGCAUCAAAACUUGAGAAGUUGGCUGCCAGGAUCACUGCAAAGGAAGUGGCCCAGGAUGGUUGGGCUCAUGCAUUUUUGACAGCCGUGAAGCGCUUCAACACCAAUUUGGAGGCGCUUGCUUCCAAGUGGAUUGCAGCUGUUUUGCAGGAGAAAGGUGCCGAUGCUGCUUGGGGCUAUGUCAGUGGCUGCCUCCCGAAUCUUCCCAAGUACUUGAAGUCUCACCAGUCCAUCUUGAUGCAAGCUUCGUUUCUGGAAGGGCUCACUCAACCGAAGGCCACAGAUGACCUGAGUGAGUUGUCAAAGCAGUUGAAGGCUUAUGUCACCAUCAAGACAUCCAUUCAGCACAAGGCCUUGAGUCAGCUCUUCCCUGAGCGCUUGGAGAAGGUGGUGGAGUUUGAGGACCACACGUCCAAGAACAUCAUCACAUUCUUGCAGAGGUUCCGGAAGUCCGAGACCAACAAAGCCAAGGUCCACAUUGACCAGCACAGGCCAGUGCUUGCUGCUAUUGAGAUGUGGCAGCUGGAUGAGCAUAAGUGGAUGUUCCAGGAGGAGAACAAGGAUGCCCAAGCGCUGAUUGAACUGCUCAUGGACUUCAUGGAGAGGACGUUGCCCCACUGCACAUUCUUGAGAAACUCUAUGGCUUUGAAGACACCUUCCUUGAAGUCCGAUCCUGUGAUGUUGGAGCUGUCUCAGACACAGUCAGAUUUGGAGGCUGGCGUGGCCAAGAACCAGAUUGCCUUCAUUGGUUGCACCCAGACAGUGGUCGAGUAUGAGAGCGCACCACCGGAGGAGCAAUUGAAAGCGGCCAGGGAGUCAGCCGGCUUCAUCAGCAAGAGCCUUGGGAUGUCUGUGAAGGACUUGCCCGAUCAGCUGAGGACAAGGUUCGAGUUGUUGGGAAAGAAGCUGCCUUCUCAACCAGAACCAAAGCGGAGGACAGCUAAGCGGACACCACCGGCUGCUGGUGCCGGCGCCAAGGCCGAACCCAAGGUCAAGGCGGCAAGAAAGAAGAAGGGUGAGGCUGCAAUCUGA